UAUCGGUAGUGUUCCGAUGUUUUGCCAGCACUAUUCAGAAGCAUUUCGCAAAUAAUUAAAGUCCAAAUGAAUCAAAUGUAAAAUGAUCAGCGCGAUAUUAAACAUACUUUGGCUUCCCAUUGGGGGAUUCCUAUCAUUUCUGAUAUUUAUUUCCGCCAUCAACAAAUCCAUCGGUGUGCGCAAAGCGUAUGUAAACCUGCUCCUAAGGAUAUUUGAGUACGGUCGUGUUAGUAUAGAGACAGCAUCCAAAGAAAAUCAACAAUAUUCCGUAAAUUGCAAGACUGACGACAAACAGGGAGUGCAACUGGUGGACGAUGCCGAUUCCAAGGAAGUUACCACAAACGGAGCUACAUUAAUAACCAGAGAUGCAGUGCUGCUGCCUCAACCUCAGGAACCUGGCCUAGAGAAGCCAGUCUCAUCCAAGAAGGAUGAAAUCAACUUUGAUUUUGAGAAAUGUCUGGACUAUGUCAAGUCGGGCGUAGAGGCCAUUAUUGAGGACGAUGUAACGUCCCGCUUCGAGGCGGAGGAGCUGAAGAGCUGGAACAUGCUUACCCGCACCAAUAGGCACCACGAGUUCAUUUCCUGGAAAAUAACUCUCAUCUGGAUGGUUGGCUUCUUUAUUCGAUACGUUUUUCUAAUGCCGCUUCGAGUAUUAGUUUGCUUCGUUGGUGUUUUAUUUGCAGUUUUUUCAAACUCGAUUGUGGCUUUGUUACCUUUUCGAUUUGUACGGCUUUCUUUAGCGAGCUUAUCGUUUAAAAUCACGUUUCGCCUUAUUUCAAGUUCCUUGUCAUCCCUUAUAAAGUUCCACAAUAAGCAAUAUAAACCCACAGUUUCUGGGUUCUGUGUAGCGAAUCAUACUUCUCCCUUGGACGUGGCGAUAUUAUCGACAGAUUGUACCUAUUCUUUGGUAGUGUGGUUAACUAUUUGCACGGCGGCCGUGGGCUAUCUGAAGGAUGGGCCCUGCAAGCGCAGACUUGUCAAUAAGGUCCUGGGCAUUUGUUUUGGCGUAUUGUCCAGUGCCAUAUCCGCGGUUAUAACUUACCACAAUGAGGAAAAUCGCCCGUCAUCUGGUAUUUGUGUCGCAAAUCAUACCAGUCCAAUCGAUGUGCUGGUCUUGAUGUGUGAUUCUACUUAUUCGCUGAUUGGUCAACGACAUGGUGGCUUCUUGGGCGUCCUGCAAAGAGCCCUAGCCCGAGCAUCGCCCCACAUCUGGUUUGAGCGUGGCGAGGCCAAGGAUCGGCACUUGGUGGCCGAACGGCUCAAGCAGCACGUUUCAGAUCCGAACAAUCCACCGAUCCUCAUUUUCCCGGAGGGGACUUGCAUCAACAACACCUCGGUUAUGCAGUUCAAAAAAGGCAGUUUCGAAGUUGGCGGUGUUAUCUAUCCGGUGGCCAUAAAAUACGAUCCGAGAUUCGGCGACGCCUUCUGGAACAGUGCCAAGUACUCGAUGAUGCAGUACCUCUACAUGAUGAUGACCUCGUGGGCCAUCGUGUGCGAUGUGUGGUAUUUGCCGCCAAUGUACCGGCAGGAUGGGGAGUCGGCGAUCGACUUUGCGAACCGCGUGAAGAGCGUCAUCGCCAAGCAGGGUGGCCUGAUUGAUCUGGUCUGGGAUGGACAAUUGAAGCGAAUGAAACCAAAGAAGGAGUGGAAGGAGAUCCAGCAAGUGGAGUUUGCCAAUCGGUUAAAGUCCGAUUCGACCUAAGUAAGCAGCUGCCACAGUGUACUGACUGUGGUUGUGUACAUUAUUUUGCUAAUUUGUAUUGCAGCGACUGUAAGUUGUAUAAAUUACGAUUAACUAUUGGAUGGUUUAAUAAAAGAUGAAGUCAAGUGUACAAUUAUAA